AACAACAAUCUAACCAUCACAUACGGCCACAGUCAGCUGAAAACUGGGCAUCCCGUCCGCUCUGCCAUACAUAAGCAGUUGAACGGCAGAUUAGUACUACGGUGGGUGACCACGUGGGAAUCCCUGCUGCUGUAUGUUUAUUUUGUUUUCUUCAACUCUUUUGCUCGCCGGUUGUCCAUCGCGAAGCAGAAGGUAGUUUUACUCUUCAGUUGACCUCGGUAAGGUCCUCAUCGCAAACAGUCCUCAUAUCACGAAGCACUUUUCCAAGUUCUAGAGUCCUGAUCAAAGCAGAGAGGUGACCGUUCAGUCAUCAACGGACUAUCUCCCCCCGACGCUACAGUGGCAUAC